AUGACCAAUCUGUACACAGCUUGUUGUUUGGUGCUCUGGUGUGCAGCGUCAGCGUUGGCUCAACAGCAGCCAACGAUAUCGUAUAUAUCUCAGCCAAAAACUGUCAGCAUCGGAGAUACCGUCGACCUUGACUGCUCCGUGCAGUACGCGUACGAUUUCCCCGUUUUAUGGGUGAAGGUGAAGAAUGAUGAUGUCAUGUUCAUUUCAACGGGAUCGUCCCAAAUCGUGCCCGAUCAAAGAUUUUCGAUUCGACACGACGCCACAACUUCAUCAUACACUUUACAAAUCACGAAACUGCAGGAGACUGACGGCGGCAUCUACCAAUGUAGAGUCAUCCUGGGCCAGGUCUCUAUCCUCACGAAAGACGUGCGACUUUUUGUCCGAGUCCCGCCGGUAAUAUCGGACAACUCGACGCGUUCAAUAAUUACAUCCACGGGGAAAAAUGCGACGUUGGAGUGUUUUGCCCGAGGGCAGCCGAAACCACGAAUCAGUUGGAGGAGGGAAAACAAUAAUCUUCUCCCCACCGGAGGUUCCGUCUAUCGCGGCAACGUCCUCCACAUUUUCAAUGUGACCAAGAACGACCGAGGCAUCUAUUACUGCAUCGCCGAGAACCAAGUAGGGAAAGGCGCGCGUAAGAACAUUGGCGUCGAAGUCGAGUUCCCGCCGGUGGUCGUCGCUGACCGAAGGCACUACUCGCAAGCGAUCAAUUAUCCCGUGGAAUUCCAAUGCCAAAUCGAAGCCUAUCCGACGCCGAGUGUAGUUUGGCUCAAAGAUGGUUAUCAACUCCACACGAAUCAGCAUUACAAGAUAUCCAUAAUGAACUCGGGCCAUGAGUUGACUACCACAAUGCUCCGGGUACACGCCGUCGAACGAUCUCAACUCGGCAACUACACGUGCAGAGCCAUAAACAAACUUGGCACUUCCGAGAAGAUUAUGACGCUGGUCGAAAGCGAUUCCGUGGUUUGUCCUCCAGCUUGUGACUCUCAGUACCUCUCCGGUAGCAGCAGCAUCAGAGCUGCGGUCACGCUUCUGGCUGUAGGAUUACUCUGUACACGUACAGUUCCAUGAAGACUCGACGCGGCGUUUAUUGUCCCUAAGGGCAGCUACACGUCAUGAGCGCACGAUGACUGUAGUAACUUGUAAAUAGAAAAUUAUCUGACGAGAUAUGAAUGCUGGAGAAACUGAACGAGUCGUGCGUCGCUCCAAACCCGGGUCUUGACUUUUCGUCGGAUGUGUAGAUGAUUCGUAGGGGUGACCUCGGGUUUCUCUUCGCGCUACGGAACACGAUGAAUACCUUAUCGUGGUUCGGAACUCAAUUCUUCUCGGCUGUCGAGAACA